AUGGUAGUAUGGGUCCAGUUCCCAGCAUUCCCGGUUCACUUCUAUCACAAGGACAUUCUUUUCUCUCUGGGGAACAUGCUUGGGAGGGAGAUUAAACUGGAUUAUCAUACAUUACAUCAAGAAAGGGCAAAGUUUGCCAGAAUUGCGGUGGAAGUCGAUUUGUCUAAACCGCUGAUCCCCAGGGUGUGGCUCGACGGGGCCUGGCAAUACGUGGAAUAUGAGAAUAUUCCGGUGGUAUGCUUUGAAUGCGGUAAGGUGGGACAUACUUCAGAGAACUGCCCGUCAUUUUGCCGUUCUCGACAACCGGACGGCGACAGCGCCUCCAUCUAA